GAUACAGGCUAUAUAGAUUACGCUGCCCACUCACACCCAAAGUUUGGUUUUCUAUUCACACAGUACAGUAACGCACAUCAGAUGUAAUUGCUUUGGGAUUUCUGUUUGUUCGUUUCUGUUUCCUAGUUGACACUGUUGUUUACUUGCUAGGCACGGGCGUCAUUUGCAUGCAAACUUAACCCACAUAUACCACUGAGAAGGUCCAGAGCAAACAGUAGCAGUUGUUGGUUGUUUGUUUAUUAGGGAAUGUCUUCGGCUAUGGAAUCUUCGAGGAGAAAUGGAGACGUAAUGCAGGAUAUGAACCUGGCAGAAGAUCAGAUAAAAGCGCUGGAAGAAAAUUUUAUGAAAGUAAGCAAACAGCCAGAUGAAGCGACACUGAUGCUGAUCGCUGCUGAAUGCGGGCUGUCAGAAGAGGACACUGCGAAGUGGUUCAAACUUCGCUAUUCAAAAUGGAGAACAUCAGAAGGCCUACCUGCCGUGUGUGGAUCUGUCAAAGAUUAAUUAUAGCUUGGAUACCACUUUUAUGGAAAUGCUAACCACCCUUCAACUACAAAAAUGAUGAUAAUUCAUAUCUUUUUUCUCUAUUAAUACAUCCAAGGUUGUUUCUGUCUCCUGAAUGUGAAUGUGAUAUUUAAAAAAAGCCAGAUAAUUUAUAACCUUAUUAUUAUAUCUUAGGAAAUAUUGUAUAUAAUAUUAUUUACAAACUGCAGUUUGAUCAAAUAAUAAAGUGCAUAAUACAUGUUUGUUUAAAAGUCUCUGUUCAUUUUGUGGAUUAAUGCUGUGACAUGGUUCAAUGAAACUCCCAGACAAAGCUUCGCUUUUGAAGCUCUAUAAAAAAUGUAUAAGACUUCUUAAAUUACCCUGAUUAAAACACAUUUGAUUGUAAUGACCUACUUUAGCCUGCAAGGUCACAGUGCUGCUGCUGAGGUGUGUGAAAAUGAGAACAGUUAGUUUGAUGGUUACUGUAUUAGACUAUACUGUACCUACUGUAUGUAAUCAUUUAUAGAUUUGUUUGAAAAUAAUAUAAUAACAAUAUAUAACAUUCUAAAACAGUCUGCCCCAUGAAUACUAAAAUGAAAUGAAAUGAAAAUAUUUACUUUCUGGCUUUUUAAAAUAUAUAUUUGUACAGAUAGAAAUACACAAGACUAAAUU